AUGAAGAAACUUAAUUAAAGGAAAAAUUUAGGUUUUGAAUAGUUUGUAUUAGAAAAUUUUAUGGUUCCCAGAAUAGAAUAUGUUCAAUCAGAAUAAUUAUAAAGAGUUUUGAUUGCAAGAAUGCUGUUAGAUCUUAAUGAAAUUACUAAUACUCUUAUGAAUGGAAAAAGCAUAGAUAAAAUGAAAAAGUAUAAGCUAUUUUAUUAAAAAUAUCAAAUUUCGAAUUCAGUUAUGGAAUUGUGGUUAAAAUGGGCUAUCUUAAAAAAUAAAUAGCUUAAAUAAAAAUCGAUGAAGAAACAAUUGUAUUAUUUUGAUUAAGUAAUACUCCCUCAACUCUCAUAAUUUAAAAAUACUUUAAUAAGACUGAAAUUUUUAAUAUUUUAAGCUUACCAAACCUAUUUAAUGGGAGAAGAAUAGCAAUCUAUUCAUUUUUUAAUGAAUAUUAAACACGAAUAUUAUACAAUGUAUAAUCUUAAAUCAUUUGUAACUGAAAUGCAUUUGUUAAAUGCUUAAGAGAAUGUUGUAUAUUUGUCUCCAAAAUUGAUAGAUUCAGUUAAAGCAUGUGCAAAUAUGCCUAAAGAGGAUUUCUUUUAAUUUAUUUAUUUUGAGAUUAAAUUAUUAUAUCCUAUCAGUAGAGGAAUAGCUCCAAGCUUAGCUGAAAAUUUAUUUAAUGAGAUUUAGAUAUUACUGUAAAUGUCUCAGCAAUUUUAUAAGAAACCUUAAUAAUCAAUUGAUUAAUAAUUAGCUAAGAAAUAUGAUCAAGUUUUAGAAAUGAUGGAUAAAUAUUAUGAAAAGUUAGGGAAAGGAUUAUUUAAAAGAAAAAUUUUUAGAUUUGAUUAAAAACCUAAUCAUAAGGUAGCUAGAUCAUUAAUUAGCUUUUUGUCUUCAGAGGAAAAUUUGAAAUAAUCUUCUACAUUUAAAAGAGACACUCAUUAUGAGUCUAUUUCAAGUUUAUAUAAUGCUUAACAAAUUUAAUAGAUUUAACUAGAUUUAACUAAGUAAUCAGAGAGGGUGGUUAAAUCUACUUUUCACAGUAGAUAAGCUUCAGUAAGCCGACCACCUAGUUAGUUUUAACCUGAAUCUAUACUUAGCAAAGAAAUGUGGUUGGAAGUAGAUAAUUAUAAGAUUAAAUCUUUUUAAAAGCGAAAGCCAUUACAUUAAAAACCUUCAGUUGGGAAGAUUUAUAAAAAUAUUAUUACUUCUGUUCCUAUGACUAAGAGACAUAGUAAAUAAGAGGAAUUUUCUCCACUAAGAAAAUAAGAAAUCAUCUAAGAAGUAUUAGAUAGCAAAUUAACAUCUAAAGAACCAACAAAAUUUAUGUCUUAAGCUUUGUCUACACCAAAACCAAAAAUUAGCAUCAUGAGUUUAGUUGUUCUAUUUAAUUUAAGAUAUUUUCAUUUAGAAUCACCUGGAGGAAAAAAAUUACCAAAACUAAUUACAAAACACUUUUUAAAAAUAUUAACAUAUGUUGAUGAUCCACCUUAUUAAAUUGUGAGUGAUAGAUAAUUAUAAAUAAAAGAAUUAAUAAAGAAAACAAAAAGAAGAUCUAAAUUUACAAAAUAAAAUUCAUUUGCAAUUAAACCAAGAUUAGGGCUAAAAUCCUAGUUUGUAUAACUUAAAGCAAAUUUUAGUGAAAGAGUCAGAACAAAUAUCAAUAAAAUUAAAUCCUUGAUACGAAUGGGAGUAUUUAAAAAAAAGCGUUAAUAAGAGAAAUAAUAAACAGUUCUUGGUCCUGUGUAAUCAAAACCUUAGUCCAUAACAAAUUUUUUGGAUUUUAAUAGAUUUAAAACUGCUCCUGAUAUGGUUGGUAAUCAUAUUGAUAAGUUAGCAAAUGCUCAAAGUUAACCAACACCAAGAGGAGAAUUUGAUGAUAAAAAAGACUCUUAGAAAGAAUUAAUAAAAGGGAAAGGAUUUGGUUUUUUUAAAGCUAUAUGCUUGGCUAAAAAAUUAAGUUUAAUAAAUUAUAAUACAGAUGAUAUCACUUAUCUUUAAGAAAAGUAUGGAACUUUAUAAUAAGUAAAAUAAUAGCAUUUAUAUUAUCCAACUUUAAAAUAUAAACUUCUGUUUUAGAAUAAAAUUUAAAUUUGGAAAAUUAAAUAUAAAGAUUUGACAGCAGAUAAAAAUUUUAUAGUUUUAUAUGCAUCAUAAGAAGGUAAUUCUUAUAAUUUUUAUCGUUUUGAUCUUCCAGUUGUUUCAAAAGGAAGAGAAAAAAUAGGAGUCACAAUCUGGCCUACAGUUGCUGAGGCAUUGAGAGAGUUGGAUAAAUUUAAAUAAUAUUCAUAAAUCUUUAAUUUUGAUCUUUCAAACAAUAUUAAAAAAGACAAGCAUUCAUUUAUAUCAGGUCUUACUUAAAGAGCAAAAGUUAAAAUUACUAAUGAAGAUAUUAAUAGUUGUGCUUAUGUUCAAAGUUAUCUUUCCUAAUUUCAUUAAUCAUAAAUAAGCAAAAUAAAGAAGAUUUGUGGUUAUGCAUAUGAAAUUCUACCAAACAUUAAUUACACAACAGUAAAAUACAUCAACAUGAAUUUGAUUAACAAGAUAAUCUCUUAUGAAUAUCAUAUUAAAAGAAUUGAAAAAAUUAAUUUUCACAAUAGAUAAUUAAAUGUAAUUGAUAACAUAACAGAUAAGGAAUUACAGGAAUACUUAGUAAAUAAAUAGAAAAUAAAAAAUAGUAUUUUGUUGUUUAGGUUUAUUUGUACUUCUAGAUAAUUUAUGAUAGAUGGAGGACCAUCAGUUAAUCUAAAAGGUUAUUCAUAAAAGAUUUUUUCAACAGUCAUUAAAUUAUCUAAAGAUAUGUAUAAAUCUGAUUUUAAGAAAUGCUUUUAGAAAUUUGUAUUGCUAACACUAGAAAUAGAAAUAUCUAGAGAUUUAAAAUAUCAUUUAAAUGAUUUACUAAGUCCAGAAGGGAAGAAAAGCAACUCGUUUAAUAUUCCUUAAGUAUUUGGAUAACAAAUAAAUAAAUAAUAUUUUGAAUUGAAAGUGUCUUCAACUUUGUUUAAUAAGGAAAAAGCUGUUGAUAAUAUUAAAAGUAACUUAUUUAUAGAACCUUAUUCUCUAUAAAUUUCAUUAUUUCAUUAAUUAUUAGAAUAUAUUGAGAAAGAUCCAUAACAAUUAUAGCAUAUUAGAUUUGAAUCAUUAAUUCAUAAUCUGCUCUUUUAAUCAGAUUAUUCAAAUACUUAAAAGGAAUUAUUGAGUCUAUUUUUGUUUACUUACUUUGACAUUGACUUAAUUUAAAAUAAAGUUAUUUUGAAGAAUGAUAAUCAAUUGAAAACUAAAAAAAUGUCUUUAAAAUUGAUAUAAAAAGAAGAGAAAACCAUAUAAUUAUAUGCUAUAUCUCCUAUUGAAUAAUAAUUUGUCAAACAUACUAAAAUUAUUAAUGAGAAAGAAUAAAACUUAGAAUAAUUAUUUAAAAUUAGCAUUGUAACUUAAAUUUAAUAGUAUGAUGAUAUAUAUCAAGGAAAAUAAAUAAUAGAAGAACCAGAUUUUAUGGCUAAUAAUUAGGAAAUAUUAUAAGCAAUUAAUAUGAUAAAGCAAAUUCCACUCUAUAGAAUUUAUGAAAAAGGUAGUCUUAAAUAAUUUUCUAAGAUUAAACAACACUUAAAUUAUAAAAUAAACGAAUUUUUAAUCAGAGACAGUAAACCUCCUAUAUAUAUAUAAUAAUCUCAUUAUGUUAAUUGCCAAUUACCUUCUGCAAUAAAAUUAAAAACUUUGAUAUUGAGUAAACAUAAAGAUCUUACAAAUCAUUUUAAUUCUAAUCAUUACAGAUUCUUUAUUAAUAGAAAUUAAUAAUUUAUUGUACAUACAUCAAUAUAUUACAGUUUUAAUAAAAAAUUAGAUAAUUUUAAUUUUGAUCAGAAAGGAAAUGAACGAAUAUACUAUUUUGAUGGUGAAAUGCUUUAUGUAAAUUUAUAAUUAGAAUUAUUAUCAUCUAGAACUUCUUCAUUUAAAAUGAUAUUUUCUCAUUAGGAUUUGAUUGAGUUAUUCAAAAUUAACAUUGAAUAAUAUUAAUCAAUUUAUUAUUUUGAUGAUAAAUUUAUUUAGAAGAUGACUAUGAUUAUUUUGAAUAAUACUUAUACCGAAAGAAAAUUUAGAUAUUAAUUACCAACCUUUCUUCAUAGAUACUUUUUAUCAAAAAAGACUAGAUAAACUUUUAUUGACUAUUAAAGAAGCAUCUCUAUAAGUGGUGAUUCACCUAAAUCUCCAAAAGGAAACGUCAUUUAAAUUAAUAACUUAAAUCUAUUGGAAAGACAUAAUAAUUGUUAGUUUGUGAAAUUAUUUUAUGAUUCGAAAGAGUAAGUUUCUAAGAAUUAUUGUGAAACAUAUUUAAAAGAAGCCAGAGUUAUCGGCCAUUUUAUCAAAAAGUUUCAAGUUAGUGUAAAAAACUCUUAAUUAUGUAAUUUAAAGAACGGACCUGCAGAAUACGGUGUUGUUACAGUUUAUAGUCAUUUAAUUAUAGAUGUUUGGAUUAUUUAAAUAUAUGUUCCAAAGACAAGUAGAUAUCUACUUGGAACAAUUAAUUUUCUAGAUUUAGCUAGUUUGGAAACUUAAGAAAUGUUUUCAAUUUUAUUUGAGUAAACUAAAAUUUAAAGAAAAUCUGUUUACCUGAGAAAGUUUACAACUAAUAAAUUAAUUAUGAAUAAAUAACAAACUUUUAUAAAUCUACAUAAAUUUUUUGAAUUUACUAGAGAACUUAAUAAUAGUUUAAAUAGAAGAUUGAUACUUCAGUAAUUAUUGUAAAAUAAAAGUAAAACUAAUAACAAGUAAGAUAAAAUGAGAGUAGAGUUGAAUGUUUGGACCUAACUUAUUAAAUUAUUGAAAUUAAGUUUAAAAGAUCCCUUCAAUAUAAGAAUUGAAAGCGAAGCAUAAAAUAAAAAUUAUUUAGAGAAAAGUUUGAUAGAAUAACUUGAAUAAGAUACAAAUGCUACAGUUAAUUCAUUUAAGCAAAUAGGAAAAAAUUAUAUUCAAAAGAAAAAAAAUGAAUCUAUGGAAAACCAAGAACUUUUAAAUCAUUUUAAAAGCUUAUCAAGUAAUUAUUAAGCAUUGCUAAAAGAUAAAUAAGUUAUAACAAUUAAAUCAUAAUUUUAAGAUAGUUCUUAAAUUUGUCUUGAUUUUGGAUUUAAAGCUAAUCUCAAAGAAUUUAUACAUAAAAUGCAACUAAAGAUCGAUAAAAUUGGGCUAUACACAAUUUAGUUCUUUUUAGAUUAUAUGAGUUUAGAUAUUGGAAGGGAUAAUCCUUUUGUUGCUUUUGAAUCUAUAAAUUAUGCUAAUUCAUCAAUGUUUAAUCUUUCAAUAAGAGUUUUAGGUUUUUAAAGCGAAUCACCAAUAUUUUAUUGUCAAAAACAAAUAAAUUUAAGAGAAAUCCUUAAUUUAUUCAUAGCUGAUGGCUAUUUUAAAUAUUAGACUAACUACAUGAAUGCAAAAUUAUCUUUAAGUGAUUUAAAAUAAAUAUGUGAAUAUAUUGGAUUUAAAGUAAAAUCACAAAACUUUUUAGGCCUUGCUAAUCAAUAAAAAUAUAUCAAUAACAAUCCAAUAUUUUUAGAGGAAACUAAAUAAGAAUAGGAAAAUACAGAUGGAAUGACUUUUAUGGCUUAUAAAAAAAGCAAAUUAAUUAUUUUAUAGCUUUUCUAAGAACAUUAAAAAGUCCAUAUUAACUAUUAACAAAUAAGAGGGAAAAUAGAAUUAAGACAAACAAAAAUGUACUUUACAGAGAUAGAAGAUUAAUGCCCUCAUUUUGGAUUUUUUGUGAAUAAUGGAUUAUAGAAAUAAGCUUUAUAAAGAUUCAUGUCUACUUUAUGA